AGGGCAGAAGAACCUAGCCCAUCGAAAUGGCUGUUCCUGUCCAAAUGACAAAUGACAGCAGUUCAGUGAGCAAGAUGUCUGCAGUUGCUAGAAACUACUGGACCGACCCGUUCUUGAGAUACUUCAUUAGAAAGACAAGUAGAAGGGCACCGCUUAUCAACAGAGGUUAUUACAUUAGACUGAAAGCUGUAGAGUAUGCUGUAAGCCGCUUUAUCAGUGAAGUGAGUUCCAGUCCUGCGUGGCAGAUUGUUUCAUAUGGUGCCGGUUUUGAUACAACAUUUUUUCGUCUGGCAUCAGAAGACAGACUAGCAAAUGGAGUGUUUUAUGAGAUUGACUUGCCUAAUGUUGUAAAAAGAAAGUCUGAGAUAAUUAUGGACAGUCCAGAACUUCGGAUUCUUGUGGGACAUUGCGAUAAACCAGACAGAAAAAUGAAUGGUUGUACUUGCAUAAUAACUUCAAAAUACAGACUUGUUUCCAUUGACUUGAAUGAUGUUGAGUCUCUUCAGUCUCAACUGCAAGACGUAGGAAUUGAUGUGCUGCAACCUACUCUGUUUCUCUCAGAAUGUGUCUUGACAUAUUUGGAUCAAUCCAGGUAUGAUGUAAGAUUUUAAGUAGCAACGGGACGUAUAAUGUUUAAAAUUUAUUUAGGCAAGUGCACGUGACACAUACUUU